AUGUCGAGUCGCACUGCCUUCCCACCUAUGCGCGUUCAUAAAACCAAGCGAAUUUCUACAAAGCAGGCGCAACCCAUCAUCGCGGCAUAUAUUGAGCGCUCAAAAAAGAAGCCAUCACUACACCCGGACGCCUGGCUCGCGACAGAUGGCAUACGCUUCGGCCCAAAAGGCGGUCCUAGCGGCGGCUGGGCAAUCCACCAUCUGAAGCGCAUUGAGGCAGGAAUGCGCGGAGAAAGCUUAAUGCCGGAAAGUAAGGACGAACUCGUUGCGCGCUUCGGCGAGGAAGAGGCUGCCACGCACUCCACAUCUGCCGCCGUACCCUCAGACGAUACACGACUCGACGAGACGAUCGAGCAAACCAACGGCGCCAUCGACAAGGCAGCACGGAAAGCAGCAAAGAAGGCGCGACGCUUAGAAGAGAGGAAAGACGGCGGCAAUCGCAAGAGGCAGAAAAAGAACCACGAAAUCGACGCAUGGGCAAGCGACUCCGCAGCGGCUGGCGCUUCCGACCACGAGCAGCCGUCUGGCUAUAUCACGCCAUAUCAAGACAGCCUAGUCGCCUACGAAGAGCGGAGAGACCCGGCAGAGCUCGAUGAAGGUCCGGAUGCACAGCCUCGAGAAGAGUAUGAACAACAGCAGGAAAUCGUGGAAGGAGAAGUGGGCAAACGUGCUGGAGCACCUGUGUCGAAGCAUAAUGGCAAAUUACCACCAAUCAUGAGGCAUAGGAAGGAUGCAGAAGUCGAGGUACCGCAGAAGGCCAGGACUGAGGAAGAGAAAGCUGCGAGGAAGGCGGCGAAGAAGGCUAAGAGGACAGAGGACAGAUCCGCGAAAGCGCAGGAUGACUAGGAACCGACUCCGCAGACGCACGGUGGAACCAUCACCAAGGAUUUGAACUCAGUAGCUCAGUCAGGCACUAAUGUGGAGAAAGAUGAGAGGCAGGUGAAGAAGGGGAGCAAUUACUCAGGUGUUGCCGCUUCUGACCGCCCAUCGCAAGCUGGGCGAAUGGUCGAGCGGACGGAGUAUAAAGCUCGGAUUGGGAUUUGUGAAGCGGCCGGCUGCAACAAGAAUAUCAUGCAGAACAUCGAGGAGAAUCUCUGCUUCCACCACUAUGAUCCCAAACGGUUUGGCCAGCCGCGGCCUCGAGGCCAAUGCGAAGUUGAAGGUUGUGACGGCGACAUUCAAUCUCGUAGCUGGGAUGGCAUGGAGCUCUGCAAUUCCCAUGCGCGCCGCAAGUACAGGACUGGCAACGUGUACAACCAGCAAGGAAGCGCGGUCAUUCGUCGUAAACCAAGAAUGGGAUACGCUCCGACCUGAACAGCUCGAAGAUAGUUUUGUCGCCGCCUCCUCGCUUCUGGCAGAGAAUGAAAAUAUGAGAAUGACUUAUUGAUAAGUGUCCGGCGUCGUACAACUAGCUACCGUCUCAAUGUAUAGCAAUGGCUUUCGGUGCGAUUCACGAUUGGCAGCACGAAUGAGUAGACUUGGUUGGAUCGUGAAGUCGCACAACUAGCUUUUGUCAGUCUCGUAGAGUGGCUUGGCAAUACACAUGCUCGACAUGUCAGGCCUGCUUUAGCGCUGGCGUCAGAGCUUGAGUUAGCUGGGCCGACAUGGCUGGCCAGAUGACGCGAUAGGCGAUGCACACCAGCUAGUUGCACGACGCGAUCGUCAAAUCGGACAGAUAUGUAAGCGAAGGUGUUACGGAGGCGAACACCGACAAGUCUAGCUGUAAGACCUGAUUAGCGAUUCGAAU